AUGGCGGAAAAUAGAAGUUUGCUGGAAAAAAAAAAUUUUCCCAUAACUCCCACCAGAAGAUCAGGACUUCAAAGAAUACGAAAGCCUAAUUCUCGAAUAUUCGGUGAUGAUGUUGUUGAGCUUCCUACAACACCAAAAAGCAGAAAGCAUAUGAGGCUAGAUUCAACACCAAAGUCGACACUGAAAUCUCACGAUAGGAAAGUAUCACAAAUUGUCGGAAACAAGUUAAAGAAUUUGUUAAAAUUGCCUAAAGCCCAACUCUGGGUUUACUAUGAAUGGUUUUACUCAAAUAUUGACAAGGCAAUGUUUGAAGGUGAGAACGAUUUUGGAAUAUGUUUGAAGGAAUCUUUUCCUCAGUUGAAGACGAGAACAUUGACGAGGAUUCAGUGGAGGAUUAUCAGGAGACUUAUGGGCAAGCCAAGAAGGUGUUCUGCAGCCUUCUUUGAAGAAGAACGGUCAGCGUUGGCAUGCAAGAGACAGAAAAUUCGGUUGUUGCAACAGCGCAAGACGACCGACAACAUCGACCACAUCGACUUGAGAGAUCUCCCAGAUGAAAUUCCAAGGUCACUUGUUGUAGGCACCAAAGUUACAGCUACAUUGAAUCUAACCACAGCUCGUCUGCGCCGACCGCAAAAUGGACUGUUCACAGGAGUUAUAGACGCCAUUGACACAAGCAACAGUGCCUAUCGAGUAACAUUCGACAAGGAAGGACUUGGUACUCACACUGUACCCGACAUUGACGUUCUCAGCAAUGAUUCCUACGAAACCUUGCCUUUAUCCUCGUUCAAGAAUCGAGUGAAGCGACCUCCUAGACAGAUGUUCCCAACACCACCUCGACAUUCCUCAGCCAUCAACAGUCCUGGACUGGAGAAUGAUCCUUUGCUAGGCAGCACGCCUUCCAAGGGUCCUUCCCUCGAAAUUGAGGGCAACACGCUCGGAGGCUUUCCUGUCAAGUUUCUCAUUAACGUUACAAAAGUCACAAAGUUACUUGGCAUCAAGAAAAAAAUGUUGCAGGAUAUGAAAACCCUGAACACUGACGCUGAAAGACUUAAAUGUCAGGGUAAGGACUUUGACGUGCCCUUCCAACAGAAAUAUGCAAAGUUACUUCUAGAUUUUGAUCUGGUCAAUAAAAAAAUCAAGGAUUAUUUCUCUGGCAUUAUACAAACUUGGAAAGAGGUGGAUCCAGACCAAGCUGUGGCAUUGUUUAACCAGACAAUUGAAAUUAAGAAGAAAUGCCAAUUGGAAGCAGAGUCCAUCGUCCAAAAUACAAAUAUAUCACAGAACGGAGAACAAAGAAUUAAAGAUGGAAAAAACCUGAAGUUGAUAUGCAAUUUAUUGUCACUUUUGUUGCAAAUAAGAACCUUUGCAGAUAGUGAGAUGCACUCGUUUGAAUUCAAGUCUCUGCAAGAGUCCUUAGAUGCUAUCAAAAGCCAAAUAAACCCCAGCAACCUAUCAGUUUUCCAGAACAGCAUAGAAAUCCACAUGAACCACAUUCAGAGCGGACUGACACAAGCCGGAAACCUACACGCCUUCACGGCCUCCAGUUCAACGUCCCUAUGA